UGACCUCCAUACAAAAACUCCUUGUUUGAUUGGCGAAACAACGAAAAAACGCCACCUGCUGGAAAGAGACAGAUUUUCCUCCGAGUUGGGCCUCCUCCUUCCUCUCUGUGGAAACCAAGGUCUCAAGUAAAUUAGCCUGACGUGUCGUGAAACAUUAGAGGAACUGUCGCGACAGUGUCGUCCAUUUACAGCGUCCCGCCAUUUUAAGUUGAGGACAAAAUCUUUUUUUCUCCUGGCGAGAAGCUAACCAAGCUGAAGCCACUUUAUCUUUCACUUUGGCUGAAGUAUAUUCAUCUGUGGGAAAACAACUUGCUUUGAACAAGGAGAGUGCACGCUCUUAUUCCACGUUGCCUGAUUUGGGCUCUCGGAGUUUUAAAGGGAUUGAAUGAAGAGUUGAGGUGAGUGGGACAGAAAUGUGUAGUGCCCCUGAGUCUGAGUUGAGGCACGAGGCCUACGCUGGAUAGUGGUUAGCGGUUUGCUAGAUAACUAAACUGGAAUAUGUAACGUUAACUAAAAUCUACCUGUUAAACUGUACCAUAUUUGCACCAUAUUUCGUUUUAGAUAUCUCGUCAUACUGCAAUUAAUUAGCGUAAAGCUUUGGUGGAUUGACUAACUAACGUUAGCCAGGUGGGUCCAUUGUUUGACUGCGUUGUUAGCUAACGUUAGCCUCAGUUAGCCCACCACAGUGAUGUCUAGUCGGAAGCCAGACAACUAGUUCUAAAGGCGUCGUCAUGAUUCUCAUCUGAAACAGUUCGGAACAGUUCGUGCGUAUAUUAUGACAUUUUGUGACUUGUUUUUUCUUCAACAGUGCAAUUGCGGCCCGCAAUUCUGGGCGUUCCUGCAAAUGGGCAUUCCUACAUCUGCAGGAACACCUAUACUUUUAUUGGUCAAUUUUCAAGUUGCGGGAGGUGGGGGCGCUCCAGUACAGUAGGUGUAAUUAAUGAACAAUAACGUUGGAUGCCAACAGCAGAUAAAACUCACAGAAGGGGCGGUGGUGACCACAGUAGCUAGCUAGCCGUACACUGGUAAAGAGGUCUGCUUGAAACAUGUUUUCCUGCCGUUCAUUUAACGGCGAGGGUAGGUGUUCGGCAGGCGGGAGUAAAGGACACUGUGUACUAGCUUAACCCUAAGGAGGACUUUGGUACACGGGAGGUGGGGGCUUGUGCUAGUGGGUGGCGGGGAGAGUCAUCGCCCUCGCCUGUCGGGCACGGUUGUCUCCGGUACGCGGGGGCGACACUGUGUGCUAGCUAACUAGCACGCUUUCACACGGCGUCGCUAACUAAAUUCAGCAAAAAAAGAAACGUUCUCUCACUGUCAACUGCGUUUAUUUUCAGCAAACUUAACGUGUAAAUAUUUGUAUGAACAUAACAAGAUUCAACAACUAAGACAUAAACUGAACAAGUUCCACAGACAUGUGACUAACAAAAAUUGAAUAAUGUGUUCCUUAACAAAGGAGGGGGGGGGGGGUCAAAAUCAAAAGUAAGUCAGUAUCUGGUGUGGCCACCAGCUGCAUUAAGUACUGCAGUUCAUCUCCUCCUCAUGGACUGCACCAGAUUUGCCAGUUCAUGCUGUGAGAUUUUACCCCACUCUUCCACCAAGGCACCUGCAAGUUCCUGGACAAUGGGAUUGAGAUCCAGGCUCUUUGCUGGCCAUGGCAGAACAGACAUUCCUGUCUUGCAGGAAAUCACGCCCAGAAUGAUUAGUAUGGCUGGUGGCAUUGUUAUGCUGGAGGGUCAUGUCAGGAUGAGCCUGCAGGAAGGGUACCAUGUGAGGGAGGAGGAUGUCUUCCCUGUAACGCACAGCGUUGAGAUUGGCUGCAAUGAAAACAAGAUCUGUCCGAUGAUGCUGUGACACACUGCCACAGACCACCUCCAAAUCAAUCCCGUUCCAGAGUACAGGCCUCGGUGUAACGCUCAUUCCUUCGACGAUAAAUGCAAAUCCGACCAUCACCCCUGGUGAGACAAAACCGCGACUCGUCAGUGAAGAGCACUUUUUGCCAGUACUGUUUGGUCCAGCAACGGUGGAUUUGUGCCCAUAGGCGACGUUGUUGCCGGUGAUGUCUGGUGAGGACCUGCCUUACAACAGGCCUACAAGCCCUCAGUCCAGCCUCUCUCAGCCUAUUGAGCACAGUCUGAGCACUGAUGGAGGGAUUGUGCGUUCCUGGUGUAACUCGGGCAGUUGUUGUUGCCAUCCUGUACCUGUCCCGCAGGUGUGAUGUACCGAUCCUGUGCAGGUGUUACACGUGGUUUGCCACUGCGAGGACGAUCAGCUGUCCGUCCUGUCUCCCUGUAUCGCUGUCUUAGGCGUCUCACAGUACGGACAUUGCAAUUUAUUGCCCUGGCCACAACUGCAUGCCUCCUUGCAGCAUGCCUAAGGCACGUUCACGCAGAUGAGCAGGGACCCUGGGCAUCUUUCUUUUGGUGUUUUUCAGAGUCCGUAGAAAGGCCUCCUUUUCCACAUUUUGUUACGUUACAGCGUUAUUCUAAAAUAUUAUUUAUUUCUCAGCAAUCUACACACAAUACCCCAUAACGACAAAGCGAAAACAGGGUGCUAAUUUAGAAUUUAAAAACGUAUACCUUACUUAAGUAUUCAGACCCUUUGCUAUGAGACUCAAAAUUGAGCUCAGGUGCAUCCUGUUUCCAUUGAUCAUCCUUGAUGUUUCUACAACUUCAUUGGAGUCCACCUGUGGUACAUUCUAUUGAUUGGACAUGAUUUGGAAAGGCACACACCUAUCUAUAUAAGGUCCCACAGUUGACAGUGCAAGUUAGAGCAAAUACCAAGCCAUGAGGUCAAAGAAGUUGUCCGUAGAGCUCCGAGACAGGAUUGUGUUCAGACACAGGUCUGGGGAAGGGUACCAAAAAUGUCUGCAGCAUUGAAGGUCCAAAAGAACACAGUGGCCAAUACUCUUCCUAGAGCUGUCCGCCAGCCAAACUGAGCGAUCAGGGGAGAAGGGCCUUGGUCAGGGAGGUGACUAAGAACCUGAUGGUCACUCUGACAGAGUUCCUCUGUGGAGAUGGGAUAACCUUCCAGAAGGACAACCAUCUCUGCAUCACUCCACCAAUCAGGCCUUUAGGAAGCAACUCCUCAGUAAAAGGCACAUGACAGCCCACUUGGAGUUUGCCAAAAGGCACAUAAAGAUUCUCAGACCACGAGAAACAAGAUUAUCUGGUCUGAUUGAACUCUUUGGCUUGAAUGCCAUUAAUCACGUCUGGAGGAAACCUGGCACCAUCCCCAGUGAAGCAUGGUGGUGGCAGCAUCAUGCUGUGGGGAUGUUUUUCAGUGGCAGGGACUGGGAGACUAGUCAGGAUCGAGGGAAAGAUGAACGGAGCAAAUACAGGGAGAUCCUUGAUGAAAACCUGCUCCAGAGCCAGACUGGGGCAAAUCCCGAUCGAACAUCUCUGGAAAGACCUGGAUCUGCAGAGAAGAAUGGGAGAAACUCCCCAAAAACAGGUGUGCCACACUUGUAGCGUCAUACCCAGUAAGACUAGAAGCUGUAAUCGCUGCCAAAGGUGCUUCAACAAAGUACUGAGUAAAGAGUUUGAAUACUUGUGAUAUUUCCGGGGGGUUUCUAUUUCUAAAUGUGCACACACAAAAUCUAGAAACCUGUCAUUCUGGGGUAUUGUGUGUAAAAAAAAAAAAAAAAAAACUACAAACAAUUUAAUCAAUUUUAGAUUAAGGCUGUAAUAUAACAAAUGUGGAGAAUGUCAGGGGGUCUGAAUACUUUCCGACGGCACCGUGUGUGUACUCGAAGGUGAUCUUGGCAGCAUUCUUACGCUUUCUUGUCAUCACACCUGGUCCGCUUCCUCAGACCGUAAUUGUGGGCUAUUCUUUGGGUGCUGAAAUUUGUGGUUUUUGAUAACUUCAUUUUAUGUGAUGUUGGAGCUUCAGUCCACCCACACUAGUCACAGCUCAACUCGAUAGUAAAUUGUGGAGUUGCAUUUAGUUGGCUGCUAACUAUACUGAACAAAUAUACGCAACAUGUAAAGUGUUGGUCCCAUGUUUCAUGAGCUGAAAUAAAAGAUCCCAGAAAUGUUCCAUAUGCACAAAAAGCUAUUUUCUAAUUUGUGCACAUUUGUUUACGUCCCUGCUAGUAAUAAUUUCUCUUUUGGCAAGAUAAUCCUCCACCUGACAGGUCUGGCAUAUCAAGAAGCUGAUUAAACAGGAUGAUCAUAACACAGUUGCACCUUGUGCUAGGGACAAAAUGUGCAGUUUUUUUUACACAACAUAAUGCCACAUGUCUCCAAGUUUUGAGCUUGCAAUUGGCAUGUUGACUGCAGGAAUGUCUUAACAGAGCGGUUGCCAGAGAUUGAAUGUUAAUUUCUCUACCAUAAGCUGCCUCCAUCGUUUUAAGAGAAUUUGGCAAUACGUCCAACUGGUCUCACAACCGCAGACCGCGUGUAACCAUGCCAGCCCAGGUUCUCCACAUCUAACUUCUUCACUUGCUGGAUUGUCCGAGACCAGCCACCCGGACAGCUGAAGAAACUGUGGGUUUGCACAACCGAAUAAUUUCCUCACCAGGGUCUUGACCUGACUGCAGUUCGGCGUCGUAAUGCUGGAGAAGUGUGCCCAUCACAGAUUAAUCCCAGUUUCAACUGUACCGGGCAGAUGGCAGACAGCGUGUGUGGGGGAGCAGUUUUCUGACGUCAACGCUGUGAACCGAGUGCACAGUGGUGGUGGGUUUAUGGUAUCGGCAGGCAUUUAGCUACGGAGAACUGACACAAUUGCAUUUCAUCGAUGGCAAUUUGAAUGCACAGCGAUUCCGUGACGAGAUCCUGAGGCCCAUUGUUGUGCCAUUCAUUUGCCGCCAUCUCCUCAUUUUUCGGCGUAAUGCACUGCCCCAUGUUGCAAGGAUCUGUACUCAGUUCCUGGAAGCUGAAAAUGUCCCAGUUCUUCCAUGGCCUGCAUACUCACCAGGCAUGCCACCCAUUGAGCAUGUUGGGAUGCGCUGGAUCGAUGUGUACGGUGGAGUGUUCCAGUUCCCGCUGAUAUCCAGCAACUUCGCACAGCCAUUGAAGAGUGGGACAACAUUCCACAGGCCACAAUCAACAGCCUGAUCAACUCCAUGCAAAGGAAAUGUCGUGCUGCAUGAGGCAAAUGGCGGUCACACCAGAUACUGACUGGUUUUCUGAUCCACGCCUCAAUUUUAUUUUUUUGUAUCUCUGACCAACAGAUGCAUCUGUAUUCCUGGUCGUGAAAUCCAUAGAUUAGGGCUUAAUGCAUUUAUUUCAAUUGACUGAUUUGCUUAUGAACUGUAACUCAAUGAAGGCUUUGAAAUUGUUGCGUUUUUAUAUUUCUUUGUGUGGUAUGUGUAUAUAACCAGUAAUCAACCUAAAACAUUCACUAUUCCAGCUAGCUAGCUAUCCUUGUAAAUGUUGACGAGUUAACUUGUGACUUUCCAGCCUUCAUUUAACUUGAAGCCUCCAGGUAAGGGAAGAUUGAGCAUUGUUUGGCAACAUUGAUCAAUUCUCUUACACACUAGCUUCAAAGCUUGUUCCACACAUGAAAAUAAGAUGUUACCUUACCUUGCUAGCUACGUGGAAGUAAUUUAGGUAGCUUUGCAGCAGAAAUUGAGCUGCACAUGGUUAUCACGAUGUUCUUCCAAGCCUUUGUGGCUCUGUCCACACUGCCUAAUGGCAACACUGAUGCAACUCUGUCUGCAUAUUAUCAGUAACUAUGUAGUUUGUAAACUAAAUCUCUUUCUCGCUACAGGUGAAAGAUGACCCAGUUUUUACCCCCCAACCUGCUGGCCCUAUUUGCGCCGCGGGACCCCAUACCAUUUCUGACGCAGUUGGAGAAGCUGCCCCAUGAGAAACACCACAACCAGCCAUACUGUGGCAUUGCUCCCUUCAUCAGGCACUUUGAGGUAAGGCAAACCUACCUAGCCCUUGUACAAUUACUCUUCAUGAAUGAGAUGGAUAUUUGGCUAUUUGGUAUAUUAUUUGAUUGAAUGCCUUUGGCCCUCUACCUUUUUAUUAGCCUAACUUUUGGACUGUUUUGAUAGGACCCCAGAGAUGCCCCUCCCCCUACUAGGGCAGAAACUCGUGAUGAGAGGUUGGAGAGAAAGGUGAGACAAUUGGAAGAGGGGUCAUUCCCCCUUGUGGCCAUUUCUUUUCACUUUUAGUCUCUGAAACCUUCAGUGCAUAUCUGAAUAAGAUUGGAUAAGUGGAAAUCUUCAGUAUGGUGUACUAGUACAUGGCUUUAAUUUACAUGUACAGUAACCAUUUGUGGAUUGAGUGAGGGGCCUAGCUAACUCGUUUCUGUUUUACAGAGGAGGGAGAAGAUCGAGAGGCGGCAGACGGUUGUGGAGACAGAACUGAAGCUCUGUAAGUUGACAUGGAUGAGCUUUUGUGACAUUUCAUAGGAUUUACUGAAAGUUGGUCAGGUUGUUAUAUUUGGUUCUGCCUUCUUCCAGGGGAUCCACACAAUGACCCCAAUGCUCAGGGGGAUGCCUUCAAGACCCUGUUUGUGGCUCGCGUGGUAAGUGUGUAUUAUACAGGCUACCUUCCAUGUCCCAUGGCAUCUUUACCUUCUCUUCCAUCCUGUCUUGGCCACAGACUAAAACCGGGUAGUGAAUAAUAACAAAUGAAGCACACGUACACCACAAUAAAAUGAAAACCAAGCAUCCACUUCUUGAAGCAUGUCUUAUAUUUUCUAUCGGAUGGUAUGUAGCCCAGAAGUGUUUUCUGAAGACAAUUCUAAGACCAAACUGCCAGUGAAGUGUACACCUGUUGUAUUUCGUACAUGUGACAAAUAACAUUUUAUUUGUAAAGAGUUUUCCUGCCAAGUUCUGAUGGAUAGAUGUUAACUGUGAUAUCAUUGCUGCAGAAUUAUGACACAACAGAAUCCAAGCUUCGCCGUGAGUUUGAGGUCUACGGCCCCAUCAAAAGGGUACGUUGUCUUGGUCUCCUAAACCAUCUUUUGGGUCCUUAUUGUCCAUUUUUGGCAGUUGGUCCUCUGCUCCCCCCCCCCCAGCUUGUGCAGCUAGCGUUAUUAUAGUCGCUCUCUCUUCCAGAUUUACAUCGUCUACAACAAGCGGUCAGGGAAGCCCAGAGGAUACGCCUUCAUAGAGUACGAGCACGAGAGAGACAUGCACUGUGAGUACCACGAGAGACCAACCCCCUCAUAACCCACCUUAUCUCAAAUGGGAGUCUGCAUGCUGGGAGGGUACGUAGGUGGGAUAGUAUUUGUUGAAGGAUUCGUGUAAGCGAGACAUGAACAAGAAGGUACCGAAAGAAAUGCACCAGAUCAAUUUUGGGAGCUUACAAAAAUUGUUGUAAUUUCACUAUAGCUUUACAAGUUGUAGCAGUUGGUGUUGCUGACUAUUAAUUAACAUCAGCACCUUAUACUCUUGCCUAGUGUAGGAGGAACCCUCUUGACUGAGUAGCACCUUUUUUUAAGGAGCAAACUGACUAGGCUCUGUUUUUAAAAUGUGGUUAUUUUCUGUACUGCACUAGCAGCUUAUGCUGUCCUUGGUGUGAUUUUCCCAUUGAAGGGCCAUGAUGGACGAUGGUGUCACAUUUAUCCAUAGUCCUAGGCCAACUCUUAAUAUCUGCCAAAAAUAAAAAUACAAUUUUCACACUGCUGAGCCACACCGUGCUGUACUGCGCUGGCCUGAUUACGCUGCGAGGACAUGGUGAAGAGAAAGUAUCCAAGCCAGCAGAGUAUGGUUUGGAUUGGCACAAUGGUGAGAGAAGGAGAACUAGCUAGCAAGUAGGCUUGGGCGGUAUCCAGAUUGUCAUACCUUCAUACCAACCUUGUGCCAUACAGGGAUAUUCGGUAAUAACCGGUACUGAACACAAGGGGCGCUGUUUUCAAACCCCACUCAUACUCUGUAAUCUGAAGGUUAGCAAUGCUAACAAGUACAUGUAAAAUGCCAUAGAAAAUGCUAAUGACCACAUUGCGAACAUUUUGUACAGUUUCUGACCUAAACUAUAAAAGUAACUCAAAUGCUACACAGUUUGCUGCAUGCACAAAACCAAUAUUAGCCAGCAAGGCUCUUGAUCCAGGAGGGGAUUCUCUGCUUUUACCAAGUGAAUGCUUGAUUUUGGAAGAAACUAACCACUUAGCUAGAUAGCUAACUAGCUACUAAAUUAGCAAACCCAACGCAAAACUGCAGAACAGUUAGCACAUUUUAGACUUAACAUUUAGACUUACCAUACAGUAAUUAGAUCACCUGUCGCAUGUAGCACAACAGUGAGUGACUCACAAGGCUCCGGUCUCGUAGUUUGCUUGUAAACAAACACCACGUGACUGGGGACUACCAUAAGCUUCAUAAUAAUGUGACUGGUGAAAUGAACGCAAUGUUCUUUAUCUCCUAAAAUAUUGCACAAGUUGACUGCAGGUAUCUACUUACGUAGCUACAAAUAUUCAAAUCGAUUAAUACAACUUCAAAUAAAUAGUUUCAAACGGUAUUGACGGUAUUGACAAACCAUCCUGUGGCUUUUUCCAAAAACCCUGGUAUACGUAUACCACCCAAGCCUACUGGCAAGGGGUUUAAAAAUAUGAACCCACAGUCCACACAAGUUAAAGAUACAAGUCUGAACACAAGGGUCUCCAAAAUCCAUCCAUCCUUUUUAUUUUCAAAACUUUGAGUUUAGAAUGGCGAAAUGUUAUUAAUUAGGGGAAACAAGGUGCUGCGUGAGGGUUGUGUGAUGUUUGUCGUGUUUGUGGUGCAUGAUGAUCUCUUGACUAACUCAAAUACGGCUGUGAAAGGGUUUCUGUACUGCACUUGUCUGAGUGAGUGCAGUUAGUCCAGCCAUGGCACUUCUCCUAUGUGGCGGUGGGAGGGGUGGGAAGGUUUGGCCUAUGUUUUGUAUGCACAAACAACUAAGCCUUGUUCUUCUGGUCACCUUGAAUGCCUUUGCUUGCUGUAGGUUAGGCCUGUAAUAGUUAGGAGUGCUAAGUCAUCUGUGGAACAGGUGGGUUUCCUGGUUGGACCACCAACUGUAAGCUACAGUCACCAACAGGCUAGUGCCCCCUAACUUGUCUGGUUAACUUGGGUACCCUCAUCUCUGUGCUUUUGUGUGACACUAGGCCAUUUCUAUCAGCUCAUAUCAGUGGUCCUCAACCCUGGUCCUGGCGAGCUACCAUGCCCGCUGGUAUUUUUCUCAUUGAUUUAAUUUAUUUCAAUGAUCAUGCAGACGGGUGUUCCAGGUGUAAAUCGGUUGCUCACUAAGAUUGCUGCUUACUGGCCACCUUCCAGGCCGACUACAUUGUAGUCACUUGCCAGAUCUCGCAACACCUGGGAAGGUGUUUUACAUAUCAGAAAACCAAAUCAUAUAAAAUAAGAAUCUGAUGCUUGACUGCUAGUUGGUGACGAGGCAGGUAUCUGCACAGCGCGACUGCAAUGUAGCUUGCCUGGAACGUGGCCACUGAUUUCAUUGCUGGAACACUUGGGGUCAUGCAUCCAGGGUGCAAUGAACAGGCAGGGAAUAGUGUUCCCCAGGACCAGGGUCGCCCACCCUUGGUAUGAUGUGACUCAGGUGAGGGUUGACUUGUGAGGGGAUGUCUAUGCUGGCUCUGUAGUGUAUUAACUGUUUUGUUGUUCUCAUUGCCACUGCAGCCGCCUAUCUGUGAUGGCUAUUGGCCAGAGCUGGCUUGCAGAUGAUGAUGGUUAUGAUACAUCUACACCCUACUACCACAGCUCAGUAUAUGGUUGGUAUGAUGGGUUUGUAUGAUGGGUAAGCUUUCUUUCCACCCUCCACCCUCCUAUUUAGGGAAGAGGAGCUACGUUCAAUGGGCAAAGCACAUUUUUGAAGCUGCUUAAAUGUUGCCUGAACAAUAUUGACAUUGGUAAGACAGAGCUGGUGCUUUGACCAUUGAACGCACCCCCAGGCCAUUAGUCAGUUAAUGGGUGCCCUGUGAGUUUUCCUUUUGUGUUAAAGCCACCUCCGAUGUAUCCCUUUUAGCACUUUUACAUAUCGGCCUAAGAGCUUUUACUAUUUGGAUUAUUUUAGUUGUCUGAAACAACAGCAUUUUAGCAAGUUGUCUCUUGCAUAAUCAUUAAGAAAAGGACAAUCUUUUGCAUAACGUUGCGUCAAAAAGAUCACAUGCCCAAGACAAAAUCCCCUAGCAUUGUAAGUUAAGGUCCUUUCUUGUGUGCGUCGAGCUGGCUUUAAUGGAAUAGGCUUACCACGGGACUCUAACCACUUUUACAGCAAGGCACAUAAUUAUGCACAUGUAGCUUUGCCCCUACUAUAUAACUAGGCAAGAGCAGAUGCCAACAAGAGCAUAGCAAUAGUUCAUUCAGACAUGGCAGUCAUCUCACCCCCAGAUCUUCUUUACCACAGCUGAUAUUAAGGAUCAGGUGUAUACAGCUAAUAGAACCAGUCUAGGGAGGAAACAUGUCACCACUGGAACUAGCCUACAUUUUAUUCUAGCCUACACCAAACACUUCUCAUUUUCUCUAGAUGCAUACCUUUCUGUUUCUUAAAAGAACCUUUUGAUAUGCACCAUAUGUGUGCUUGUAUAGUAAGAUUGUAUUUAGGCCUUUUAUUCAAGUCGUUUUGGGGGUUGAGGUAAGGCAACCCCCCUUUUUGAGUGAAGUCAUCUCUGAUUGGUUGAAGGUUAUGGUUUGUGGUAAGACAAACCCGGAUUGGUUAGGUUAGUGAGGGGUUGUGGUAAGGCCCCUUGGUAGUAUACACCUGUGAGGUGUCAUGAAAGUACAGUGAUAAUUUGCUGUGCUUUAGAGGGGGUUCUGGUAAGGCCCUCUGAUUGGCUAUAAAAGCGAGGGGUUCUGGUAAGGCCUUUUGAAUGGUUAAGCGAGUGGUUCUGGUAAGGCCCUCUGAUUGGAUAUAAAGAGGAAAAGAGACCUCUGUGCCGUUUCCCAUUGGAUCGUCUUCCACCAGUGUAGAGGCCAGGAUGGGUCAUCGUGGAUCUCGCCGAAUUCUUCGGUCAUAAGAGACUGAUCCCAAGACUGUCUGGGCCAAGGGAGUAUAUAUAUUUGUGUGUGUUCUGAGUUUGAAUCAGAAGUUGCAGACUGGUGUUAAAUCUGGCAGAAGCAGGAGACUGCCAUGUUGACUGGCAACUGGAAGCCCUAUGCUCCGGAAGGUUCUAAGUUCGACACUGCGCUCGUGUCCAGGCGGUGGUAAGAUAGUUGGUGAAAAACAAACACAGCAGCCCAUAAAGCCCCAACUAAGGUAUGUGCACAUGGUCACAUUUAACUCAUGACACAUUUGCUCAUAUCGCGAUGCCCCCCUCCCCUAUAUCUCCCCCUCCAGACAAGUAUUACAAGCAGGUCAGAGGUUGUAUGUAAGGCAACCAAAUGUACACUAGCCUCACUAGAGUCUGAAGCACAACAUGUAUUGGGUAAGAAGAUGUUGGUGUAAUAAGCAGCAUUACCAUACAAGGCUGUGUAUUCUGGCAAUCAGAGUAAAUAUUCAGAAACUCAAACCAAUGUGUCACUGGUAUUUUAUUUCUCACUGAACCGGGAAGGGGUUGGGGUAAGAACACCAGGAGUGGUGUGUGGUUGUGCCAGUGACGACGGCUGUCGCAGGACGUGUCUUAAGGUGUUACGCUUUGAACACACCGACUGUCGUUGCGCAAAAUAGUAUGCAGCAUAAUCUAGAUAUGUGUGCAACAAAAGGAAAACAUUCACCUUCUGCUACCAUUUCUGUCAACUCGUUUACGCAUACAGUUUGACGCAUACGUUUGAUAAUUCCAAUGUAUGCACCACACAGAUCGCACUGCAACUGCAUCUGCAACGCAAUGCUGCAAGGCAAAUGCAGCGUUCCAUUGGAAAUUAAUGUGCUUCUGGUGUACCAAAACGCAAUGGCGCAGUCGGUGUGUUCAAAGCGUCAGCGUUUCUGUGUCUGUAAAAUUAAUUAUGUGCGAAAUGGCGGUGAAAAUGCCUUUAUGUGCAAAUAUUGAAAUAAUUAGCAUCUUAUCGAAGUAAACUUGGAGUCAAGCGACGAUAUGGUGUGUGGUUCUCCCACUAUUAGGCUACAGAUAAAAUAUAUGGAAGAUGAAAUUCACAGGGUGGUGAAAGUGCACGAUGAUGAGCUUUAUUCUUCUUUCCAAUAAAUAUCGAGGGUCUUAUAUUGGUGACAUGAUGAUCGAUACUUGACUGCCGUUUGUCAAAAUAUUCUCUCUUAUCCAUUUUCUUGUGUAGACUAGCCUACCCGAGCUGUUGGCUAGCGCGCAUGUGCCAAGACCAGCGUAGGCACAUUUGAUAUUAAAUGCAACAGUAUUUGUGACAACCGUCAGUAGUUGAAAAAGCGUUUUAAUUUUUUUUUAUUCAAUACAUGACAACUUAAGCGGGAAAAGUACACUUCACAUUUUCUUUAUGCAGAUUUUUGAAUAUUUGCAUUAAAAUCUGACGGCAAUUGGAUGGAAUCCUAGCUACUGGUAGAAAAUCCCCAAUUCCACCUAUAAGUGGUUAGACGUGCUUUUGUAAGUGAAGUGGGUGUCUGUCUGGCCCAUGGGGGUGACUCCUAUUCACUGUUCCUUCUGGGUAAGAGGUUGUAAAUGUGACAACUGUGAACAUGCACAAAUGCAAUUCUCAUCAAUUUGGAUAUUUAAUUAUUGUCAUCUGAUUUAUUUCAAGUGAUGGGCUCUCAAACGCAUUCCACAUCAAAGUACUGUCAACUGCUUGGUACCCUGGGUAUAAACACUAACAUUUUAGCUUCAAGGUUAAAUGAGCCAUGCAACAGUAAGAGGUUGACCCUCUUCAACUAAUGUGGUCACUACUUGACCUAAGUAAGAUUUAAAUGAUUUUCGGUCUCUGGUGCUCCACAGAAACCAUACAUGACACAGAGCAAUCAUAUAGGCCUGACUUCAAUGUUUUGUUUGAAUUUGAAUUGUUUGAACAUUUUGGAAGACAGUUUUUGGUCAACUUUUAUCUACUAUACCGGCUCACUUGUAAUUUGCAGCUAGAAUGGAUUUCUUAUUCUAUCCCUCUUUAGCGUUUCAAAAUUGAUUUACGGAAAUAAAGUGUUUCACAACAAAAUACUUAAACGGUGGUACAUCUUCAAAAAAAAAAGAAAGAUGUGCAGGUAAAUGCUGCAUUUAGUGGUGGGAAAAGGGUCUACUACUACAUGGUCUGUCUGCCCAGAGAGCAGCUCCACACUACCUCACCUGCUCCUGGUCAGUAUAUGCAUGCACUCUUUGUUAUCUUUACCUUUUUGAAAUGGCAGAGCUCCAACUUAUCCUUCUCUACCUUUUUCUUUCAUCACCCCCCCCCCCCCCCCCCCCUCCCCCUCCAGCCGCCUACAAGCAUGCAGACGGGAAGAAGAUCGACGGGAGGAGAGUGCUGGUGGAUGUGGAGAGAGGCCGCACUGUGAAGGGAUGGCAGCCCCGCAGGCUAGGUGAGGAACUGAACAUUAUCUCUGUGACUGCAUAAUUAUCCAUACUACAGUCAUGCCUUUUUAAAAUCUUAACACUGAAUUCACUGAAUGUUUUGGAACAUCUGAUUCUCUUCAAAUUGGCAUUUGCCGGUUAUGAAUCCUUUAAAAUAUUUUAUUUGUCAGUUUAAAUACAUAAAUCAUAGACAGGAAAUGAAUGCAUCACAAUGAGCCCUGUUUUCUGUCUCCAACCAGGUGGUGGUCUUGGUGGGACGAGGAGAGGCGGGGCUGACGUCAACAUCAAGCACUCUGGAAGAGAUGACGCCUCACGUUACGAUGACCACCCCCCAAUUGGAGGGUGAGUAACUACACUGGGCCCUUGGGGUGGUCUACUAAGGGAGGGUUGUCACCCUAUUCCAAAUAGGCCCUACCCAUUAGACCUGAAAUAAUUGGAUAGAUGUAGCAAUUUAUGGGGAAAAUAAUCUGACAGCAAGAUGGAUUUACUACCAUAUCCAAUUAUUUUAGAUCUAUGCAAGUCUAGAGGGUAUGGGCUAGUGGUAGAUUUGGGAUUGGACAUUUUGUGGUUUGACUGACUUGAUAUUUUCUGUAGAGGUUUGUCAGUUGACUUAUUUUUGCCCUUCUCUUCACCUCAGGGAACGAGAGCGCGAACGUGGACCUGAGCCCAGAGGGGAGCGCAGAGAGCGCAGCCGUGAACGCGAACGGGGGGGGGAGAAAGAGCGCGGUGGCGAGAGACGGAGGUCCCGGUCCCGGGAAAGACGCAGGCGCAGCUCCCGCUCCAGAGAGAGGGAGAGGGGUGACAGGGGUCUGGGCCUGGCAGUGCCCGGAGAGGAGAGCGUAGGGGGUAGCAGGAGGAGAGACCGAGAGAGGGAGCGGGGGGGAGGAGGGCCAGGGGGAGACAGUCGUAGCAGGGAGAGGAGCAGAGACAAGGGCGAAAGGAAGAAGAGGAGCCGCAGCCGAGAGCGCAAGCGAGACCGGGAGAGAGGCAAGGGUGGCGAGGGGGAUGAGGGCAUGGGGCUAGGAGAAGGUAUGAUGGGGGAGGGAGGAGAGAGGAUGCCUGAAGAGCCUAGUGUGGGUGAGGAAGGGGGAGAGGUGGGAGAGGAGCGCGGCGGGAGGGAGCGGGACCGUGACCGGAGGCGCAGCCACAGGGACAAGGACCGCGAUAGGGACCGGGAGAGGCACAGGGGGGAUAGGGAGAAAGACAGGGAGCAUAAGAGAGACAGGGAGCGGGGUGGCGGGGAGCGCAGGGAGGACCGGCAUGGCUCUCUCCUGCUCCCCUCGGCCAAGCAGGACGACGUGGGUAACGGGGAGGAGGGCGACGCGCCACCCAAGCCAGAGGAGAACAGCCAGGAUGGGUUGAUGGACCAGGAGUCGGUGCAGUCGGGGGAGGGCUAUGUUUCCAACGAGAACGGCUACAAGAUGGAGACCCAGGCAGACGAGUACUAA